AUGAUAAAUCGAGACACUGGAUUCUAAGAUUUGGAAAGUGGAAUUCAGAGCAAUAAUAUCUCUUCUAGACAUUUAGUUGAUAUCGAUUAAAAUAGUGCUAUUGGAGGUUAAUAGUUAGAUCCAACACUUGAAUUUUCGUAAUUGUAGUAAUUAGAAGCUUUACGAAUGAAAAGAGAUAUAUUUGAUAAUAAUCACAAACAUGCUAUUAAUUUGGGUCACAAGGCUGAUGUGAAUGAAGAAGAUUGUCUUAUUAGUAAUUUAAGGUAUUUAGAUUUGAUAUUAAAGUGGUAAAAGGAGUGAACUUCAAGGUUCAAUAAGUUCUAUUAGUUGUAAUUUAAAAAAAUAAAAACCUAUAACAAUAAAGACUACCUAAAACAAAUCUAAUAAAUCUAUUUAAAAUACAUAAAAGUUAGAUUAAGAUGAUUUAGUAAUCUCUCCUCCACUUUAAAUUAAUGGAACAAUCAAUUUGGGAUUGAAAUCUGAUGCUAAAAUUGCAAAAUAUUAGACAUUUGUAUAAUAGAUGGAAGAAUAAUAAGAACUAAAUGAAAAAACAAAAAGAGCUGAGGCUCAUAGAGAUACAAUUAAAUAGUAGUCGUUAAUAUUAAGAGGAAAAAGCAAAGAGAUGAAAACUGGGUAUAGAUUUGAUUGAAUUAUAGUCUAAAUGAAGUAUGGACAUAAAAGGCUUUGAUAAUUAUUAGAUUGGUUUCUCGUUUUAUUUAAUAAUUAAAAACAAAGACUGAAAGAAUUAAAUUUAGAUUAAUUACUAAAAGAAUCUUUGAAGUAAUAUGUGAUAAUAGUGCAAAUUUCGAAUAUAUGUUAAUAAAUAGAUUAAUAAAAUAAAAACCCAGUAUUAGUUUGAUAAUUUUUUACUAAAUAUAAAAUAAAGCUCUAAAGUUACUAAAUUGGAUUGAAGCAAUAUAAAUUUUUUUAGGAAAAUAUGUGAAAGUAAUAAAACCUGAUAGUUUAUUAAAAAUUAUUUGGGAUAUAAUAUUAUUGCUCUUUAUUGUAGUUAAUAUAUUUUAUAUUCCAAUAUAUAUUAGUUUUGAUGUGAAAUCAUAAGGUGCAUUUGAAUGGGUAUUUGAUUUAUUACCUUCUUGGAUAUUUAUAGCUGAAAUAUUGUUGAAUUUUAACACUGCUUAUUAUGAUAAAGGAUUGAUGCACGAAGAUCGUAAAUAGAUAAUAAAGCAUUAUGUUAAAGGGAAUUUUUUUUGGGAUUUAAUAGUAAUAAUACCAUUUUUGAUCUCAUAAUUGGAUAUUCCAUUUGUUAGAUAUACAUUAUUGUUAAGAUUAACUAGAUUAUCACCAUUAAUGACAAGCAUAGAAGAAGUUUUAAAUUUAGAAGUAAGAUAUUGAUUAUUAUAAAUAAGGAUAAUAUAUAGGUGAUUUUGGAUUUAUUAAAAUUAAUAUUUUUUCUAUUAUUAACAGGACAUUUUUGUGGUUGUGCAUGGCAUUGGGUGGCAGUGAUAGAAUAUGAAAAUUAUGGUUAAGAAUUGACUUGGUUAACUAAAUAUGCACCUGAUGCAAUGAAUUAUUAUUGGUUUGAUAGAUACAUAAUUUCGUUGUAUUGGAGUGUUAUUACAACAGUUACAGUAGGAUAUGGUGAUAUCGUUCCAGUUACAACAGUAGAGAGAAUAUUUGUAAUAAUCGUUACUUUAUUGAUUUGUGGUGUUUUUGGUUAUUGUCUAUCAAAUAUAGGAAAUAUAUUUAAAUAGAUAUCAGAUAAGAAGGCUGUUUACAAAUAAAGAAUAAGGGAAAUAAAUCAGCAUAUAAGAAAGAGAGGUUUGAGUUACAAUUUAUAAUUAAAAGUAUUGAUUAAAUAUCUAUUUGUAAUAGGUUAAAAAAUAUUUCGAAUAUUUCUUUAAGGUUAAAUAAGAGGAGGAUUAACAUGCUGAAUAAUUUAUUGAAUAACUAACAAAACAUUUAAGAGAAGAAGUUUUGAUUGAUAUUUAUAGUAAAACAUUAACCUAAUCACGUUUCUUAAGAGAUAAUUUUAGUGUUGAAACUAUUCAUAGAUUAUGUUAAAUAGUUAAAGAGACCAAACUUUAUCCAGAAUAGUUAUUAUUCUAGAGAAAUGAUUCACCAAAAGCACUUUGGUUUGUUUUAUCUGGAUCAGUUGAAUAUGUUGCUGAUCAUGAAAGUAAUAUUUUUAUUAAUUCUUUUUAGAUGAAGAUGAACAUUUUUAUACUGAAACUUUUCUUAAGAAAAUUACAUAAGGGUAUAAAUAUAAAUUCUAUGAUAAUUUUAUAGAGCUGUUAUAGGAGAACGAGAAUUCAUCUCAUAAACACCUUAUGAAUACAAUGCUAGAGCUACCAAAUUUACAUAGUUAUUAGUAAUAGAGUAUUGAUUCAUAUAUUUAUUUAUUAUUAGUUAUCAGCAAUUCUACCUUAUUCUUUAAGAGAAUAAUGAGGAAUUCGAAAAGUAUAGUAUGGCUAAAGAUAACUUAAUAUUUAAUAGCAACUACAAAGCUUUUGGAUAAAUAUGUGAAAUAUGUGGAUGGACUCAUAGAUUUAUUUAGUAAUUUAACAUAAUAAGAUUCUAGAUGUCCAUUUGUAUUUCUACAACCAAAUAAAAAUAAAAUUGCAAGUUCUUUUGCUUCUACUAAAAAUAACAAAAGAUUAAUCUUUCCUUAUCGCACCUUACCUAAAUCUAACUGGAAAAAUAAUCUACCUGAUGUUUAAGAGGCAGCUUUGGGAUAUAUUGUUUUAAAUAAUAUCAUACCAGAAAAGUAAAAUUUAAGAAUAUAAAAGAGAAAUAAAUGAUGCUUAUCUAAUUAAUCUUGGAUUUGAAUUGAAUGAUAAAGAAGAGGAUCCCUAAAAAAUAAUUCCAAAUAAAAAGAAUUCCUUAUUCAAAGAUUAGAAAAUAUUGUCAUAAUUCGAAAAUAAUUUAUAAUAACAACCUGCUCCAUAACCUUCAAUCUAGACUGUAUUACCAAUAGAUUAAAAAUCUUAAAAUUAAACUGCAAUCUUUCUCAAAGAUGGUUAAAGAGCUAGUAUGACAAAUGUAAUAUAUAUUUUUAAUAGAUUAUUAGGAAAGUAUAAUAGAUUGGGAUUAGGGUAGCCAAUUUAGAAAAAGUCUUAAUAAAAUUAAACUCUAAGGUUUAGAUAGAGGCAAGACUAUCCAAUCUAUAAAAGGCAAACUUCUUUAAAAUAAUAAUGCAGCAGGUGAUUUAUUAGAUGAAUCAUUAAUUUAAGAAGAAGUUAAAAUAUAAAAUGCAAAUGUGGGAUCAUAAAACUAUAUAAGCAAACUUAAAGUAGUAAAAACUAAGCAUAGUAAUAAUCCAAAUUCUAUUGGAAUUAGAAAGGUUUCGUGGUUAGAAUUUGACCCCAAUUAAUAUUCAGGUAUAUAUUAAUAUUUAAAAUUAUAAGAUAAUAAACCUAAUCAUUUAUUUAAACAAAUUAGUAAGGGGAGUGAAACAAAUUUCGAUCAAUCACCUCCUCCAUCUAAUUCAUAAGAAAUCGAUAUAAAAUAAAGAAUAGAGGCAAGGGAAAAUAGUAUAAUAUCUAAAAAAACCAAUAAGUAUAUUUCUAUAUAAAUUUUAAAGUGUUGAUAUAAACCGAAGGAAAAAGAGAAGAAAAACUACCUAAAUAUUAUAAUUUUUUUAAGGUUCAGAAGUUGAUAAUAAAUCUACAAAAAAAGUUGAUAAAAAUGUUCUAAAUAAUGAAGCUUAUAGUUCAAGUGUUUAUACAGCUGGGGCUCCUAGUAAUUCAGCUUUAAUGGAUUUCAAUAAUAAAUAUGAAAAUAAUGGGGAUAAUAAUAGUGUUCAUGUAGGACAAUCUUUCGAAGGAAUUUAAAAGAGAAUACAAGAUAUUGUCAGAGUCCAUUUUGAAAUGGAUAUAGAUAUUGCUAAAUCAUCAAAAAUCUAUUUUCCUGACUUUAAUCUUGAUGUUGUUAUAUAAAGAAUUACAGUUUAUUAUGAAAAAUUAAAAGAAAAAAAAUAAGAGUUUGAUAUGAGAGACAUGAAAAGAACUAAAACUAAUUUUACUCUUUUGGAUCGUAUUAGAUAAGCAAAGAACACUACAAUUAGGGGAAGUUUUAUUGAUAAAGAUAAGUUCCUCUAAGAUAAUGAUUGAGC